UUUUCUGAAACUUGUGACAUUCAGUUGGAAGUCCAAGUGGGAGCAGAAGAAAUCUCUAUUGGGAAGAGAAGGGAGACCUACAAUGGAAGAAGCUGGACAGGACCCGUUGGAUGAUGUGCAGGAGGUGAUGGAAAUACCAAAACUAGAAGCCACAAAGCAGAACCUGGACUCCCUGAACUCAGACCUUGAAAAGGACCUGCAGAGAAUGGAUGAGGCAAAUCAGGUUCUUCUCAAAAAAAUUCGAGAGAAAGAAGAAACUAUUCAAAGUCUGGAAAGAGAUAUCACGCUGUCGGUCAGACAAGCCAGAGAGAGGGAGGAGCUGGACCACCGCAUAGCUGAGAAGGAGGAAGCCCUGCGGGACCUGGAAUUAGAGACGGCCAAGCUGGAAAAAAAUAAGGAAAUUCUAAGCAGGAGUGUGGUGGAGAUGCAGAAGGAGAUUUCAAGGAAAUUUAAGAAUGUUGGCCUGGAUAAAGAAGCCCUAAAGCAGAUGUUGGCAGAAUUGAAGGUGAAACUACAGAAGUCAACAGAAUCCUGUGCCAGUCAAGAGAAGGAACUGGUCAAGAUAGAGAGUGACUAUCAAUCUGUGUAUCAGCUCUGUGAGGAUCAGGCCCACUACAUAAAGAAAUACCAAGAAAUUCUGAGACAGAUGGAAAAGGAAAAGGAGAUGCUUCUUCUUGAAAAAGAAGUAUGCAAAGCCCAGAACAACUCCACCCAAAUAGUGAAACCAGGGUCAACUCUGGUGGAGACCAUCCAAAGCAAUAUGGAGAAGACCAUCAUUAAGAAACAGAAGAGAAUCUUUUGGUACAGGCAUUUCAGGUACUUAAUCUUCAUGGUCAUGAUCUUCUUUAGGCUGCUGGGUUACGUGCUUUUCUACCUGCAGUACAUAAACCCAGACCUCCUUGUGGACGUCCUGCCCAUGGUCAUGAGCAGAGAAACUUUGACGAGACUGAGGGAUGCCUUAUUUCCCUUCCUCACUCUAGAGGUGGAAGAAGUUCUACCACAUUAGUCUGGAGUGAUCUGGGGGCUUCACACUGCACCCAAGUGGAGAGGAGGGCAUGGCUCUGGCCCCCAAGUGGGGAAUGGGCCAGGAAAGAAGUAGGAGCUCUGACUCAGAGCUGCUGCUUUGACAUCUGACCUCUUCAUUUCAUUCUCUUCCCACGCUUUUUCUCCAGAGUGUCUCUCUUUCAAAUAAAACAUAUGUUUGAUCAGAGUUCACUGUGUUAGUCUGAGAAUUUGGUCCAUGGGUCCUUUAGGGAAGAUAACCAUACAUUAUCUUCCCUAAAGUUCUCUUAUUUUAUAUUGUUCUAUGUCUUAUAGGAGAGGAUUGCCUGAAAAGCUGACCUUUUACAUGUACACAGAUGGUUACUCAUUCUCAAUUGAGAAGAAAAUUACCCUAAAAUUCAAGUGCUAUAAUAAAAUCAAAUCGUAAUUCAAAUGCCUUCCCUCCCAUAAUGCCUCCUCUGAUCAUUCCGAAUGCUGCCGCAACCUUCUCCAGGCUUCCCUUACUGGCCUGCCCAUUUCUGCCUUGCAGUAUCAUUACUGUCUUGAGGGUGGGGCUUCUGAUACCUAGAUUCUGGCCCCAAGCAUAAUGUCUUUACAAAGACUCCUUGGAGAGCAGCGUCCACUGGAUACUGAAGCUGAGUAGCGGAGGCAUCUUCCUUUUGCAGCUCCUUCCUCCUAUGCAUUUCUGAGGCCCUUGCUUUCUGGUGACUUUCUCCUUCCAAGACCAUUCUCUUGCAAAGGUUUUAACUGAAUUUCACUUGCACAGCAAUGUUGAGGUGGAAGAGACACAUUGUAUGUUCACUUUGGCUGCAGACAUGACCCUAUCCCACAUUUUCUUUGGGGAGUCUAAGGAGGAGAGGGUGAAUGAAUGGUCUCAAGACUCCUAAAAAGAAAGAAAAACUGAUCAACACUACCCUCUUGUGGUCAAAUACAAGCUCUAUUGCAUUUCAGCGGGCUUCCCUCCAAAAGGCAGGCGUGUGAUUAACAAGUUGAAGCCGAAAGAUGGGUCUUGGACAAUUCUCUGAGCUCUAAGAAGUCCAAUUCAUAUUCGUUCAUUCAUUCAUUCAUUCAAUAAAUAUUCAUUGAACCUUUUUCUUGGUCCAGGCUCUGGGAUUAAAGCAAUGAAUGAAACAGCAAAAAAACCUCUGCUCUCAUUGUGGUGGGUGUGUACAUGCUCAGUCACUAAAUCAUGUUCAACUCUUUGCAAACCCAUG